AGAACUAUGGAAAGACGGUUUCCUUCUUCAUUCCUCACUCUCAUCUUUGUGAUAACUCUCGACACCUAAGAUAACAAACCAAGGUCUUUGUUCUCACUGACUUUUCGGCAUGCGAGUUCUCAAUUCUCGCACAUUGAAGUUUGACAGCGGGAUUUUCAAGUAUGGCGAACACGAAUAUGCCAUUGUAUCACACCGAUGGCGAGAUGAGGAGGUAGACUAUCAGGAAAUGCUGGAAUCUAUCCGGAGCCCAAAGACCGAGCAGAAAAACGGGUACGAAAAAAUCAAACGGGCCUGCAAACAAGCCGUCAAGGACAAACUAGAGUACCUAUGGAUCGAUACUUGCUGCAUAGAUAAAAGCAGCAGCGCCGAACUCUCGGAGUCUAUUAAUUCCAUGUACGCUUGGUACCGCGCGGCAUCCGUAUGCUACGCAUAUCUGGAUGACGUACCUGACUACGUCUACGCCUAUGCAGAUCCAGACUUUGAUAAAAGUGCGUGGUUUACAAGGGGCUGGACUUUACAAGAGCUUUUGGCACCAGAAAAACUCAAGUUCUUCUCGAAGGGUUGGCGGGAAAUAGGUCGCAAGAGCAGUCUAUACAACCAGUUAUCUAAGAUUACAGGUAUUGAUAUAGAUGUUCUAACAGGCUCUACAAGCGUUCUAUCUGUAAGCAUUGCUCAGAGAAUGUCUUGGGCAUCUAAAAGAAAAACGACAAGAGUUGAAGAUCAGGCAUAUUGUCUAAUGGGCAUGUUUAAUGUUAAUAUGCCAAUGCUUUAUGGAGAAGGAGAAAAAGCAUUCAUCAGAUUACAGGAAGAAAUCAUGGCAGAUUCUGACGACGAAUCAAUAUUUGCUUGGCGUGACCCUAACGCCGACCCCGAGGACCUUUAUGGCCUGCUCGCGAAAACCGGAAGUUGA